CGCAUGCGCAGCGUCCACGAAGCCCUCGGCGCCGACGCGCGAACGUGGCACGCUCGCGACGCACGUGUCAUGAGUUUACUUUUCGUAGUUCGGCAGCUGGCAAAGCAAGCGGCUAGCAUUGGAAGUGCACCCUAAUAAUGGCGUCACUGAUCAACACCGUGGACACUGCUCAUCACGACAUGGUGCACGACGCCCAGACCGACUACUACGGGACCCGCCUGGCGACUUGCUCGUCGGACAAGUCGGUCAAGGUGUUCGACGUCAAGAACGGCACGCAGAAGAUGCUCGCUGUGCUGACAGGACACGAGGGCCCCGUGUGGCAGGUGGCAUGGGCGCACCCUGUGUUUGGCAGCCUGCUGGCAUCGUGCUCGUACGACCGCACUGUCUGCCUCUGGGCCGACCAGGGCGCACACAGCAACCCAGACUGGCACUGUGUGCACCGCUACCGGGACCACGACUCGUCUGUGAACUCCAUCUGCUGGGCUCCUCAUGAGUUCGGCCUGAUGCUCGCCUGUGCGAGCUCGGAUGGUGCCGUCUCAGUUCUCUCUAGCAAUGGCGAUGGCGUCUGGGUGGCCAAGAAGAUUGCCAAUGCCCAUACGAUUGGCUGCAAUGCGGUGAGCUGGGCCCCAGCCCCGGGUUCAUGCCAGGCCGGCGAGCCAGGUGUAUGGAUUGGGCUUCGCCAGUUCGCCACGGGUGGCUGCGACAACCUGGUCAAGGUCUGGCAGCUCCAGGAUGGUGCGGAGGAGUGGCAGGAGGCCCACCAGCUGGAGGCCCACUCGGACUGGGUGCGGGACGUGGCCUGGAGCCCCGCUGCGGGGCAGCCCAGCCGCAUUGCCAGCUGUUCCCAGGACUGCCGCGUCAUCAUCUGGACCUGCAACCUCAACAGUGGCUGCUGGCAGCCUCUGUUACUAGGCACCUUCGAUGACGUUGUCUGGCUCAUCAGCUGGUCCCUCACGGGCUCAGUGCUGGCUGUGUCGGGAGGUGACAACAAUGUGACCUUGUGGAAGGAGUCUCGAGAUGGAAGCUGGGCAUGCAUCAGUGACACGGGCCACGAGGAUGACCGCACCAGCGAGUACUCGGACAAGAACAACGGCUAAGGACCUGGUUUGGCCACACAGGCUUGGCUACAAAUGUGGAAGCCGAUCAGUGCGCCAGACGUCCGGCCCCCGAAGGUGCACAGCGUACAAACCUGCUAUGUUCAAAUAUACUCUCUGGCUCUGGUUAGGCAUGCACAAGAUGGGGCUUACACGACCAAGGGGCUACAUUCAAAUCUCGAUAUAACGAACCACGCGGGACCGCUAAACAUCGUUCGUUAUUUUGAAAUAUUGUUGUAAUAAAAAGCUUGCGAUCAUAAGCCAGUGUACAAACCUAGGAAUGAAAAUGAAGUACCUUGGCAGUAGAAGCGUGUGCAGACAAGCAUACUCUCAAAUAAAGAUGUUUCACUCAA